UAGAAAAGGAGAUGCAAAGGUGAAAGGAUUUUGUUUUGGCUUAAAAUAUUCUGCCUUCCUUCUCUGUUAUACUCUCCACAUAGGCUUCAAUCAAUUUUUUGUAAAGGCAAAGAAGAUGAGAUCACGCCCACCCUCUGUGGAGAAGGUGUCUUGGAGGCCAUUUGUCUAAAGAGAGUUAAGAGAAAAUGCGGAUUUAAAAAAACUAGUAUUUGCAGUCACUAUAUUGGUGUUGCUCAUUGUAAAGCUAACACGGGGGAAAGUAAAACAGAAACGAGGGACACCAAUGAAAAAAUGGAGUUACCAUCAGAAUCAGAGUCUCCAGCAAAAUGCAUGGAGACAGGAAAUGGCAAUUGUCUUCCUAAAGAUUCUCCAUCCUUGCAUAAUCAAGGAGAAAAUGAGCCAAAACAUUGCAACAGAGGCUUCAAAGCAACGCUGAGCUUCCGGAGACGUACAUCAAAAUCUGUUGAAGAAAAAUCCAGUGAAGCUAACAUGAAUGAGAAUAAAACAGAAACGAGGGAGAUGGUAGGGAAAACCGAGUUGUCAUCAGAGCCAAAAUCUCUGGCAAAAUUUAUGGAGCUUGAAGAUGGCAAUUGUCUUCCCAAAGGUUCUCCACCCUUGAAUAAUCAAGGAAAAAACUUCAACAGGGGCAUCAAAGCAAUGCUGAGCUUCAGAAGAAAUGCAUCAAAAUCUGUCAAAGAGAAUCUGAGUGAGACUAACUUGGAUAAUAAUGAAACAGAAACUAAAGAGGAGGAUGGGAAAACAGAGUUUCCGUCAGAGCCUGAGUCUUCAGUGAAAUGCAUAGAGGCUGAAGAUGUCAAAUGUCUCCCCAAAGAUUCUCCACUCUUGAAUAAUCAGGGGCAGAAUAAGCCAAAUAAUGUCAACAGGGGCAUCAGAGCAAUGCUGAGCUUCCGGGGAAGUGAAUCAAAAUCUGUCAAAGAGCAACUUACUAAAAAUAAAAUGGAUGAAAAUACCACAGAGAAGGGUGGGGAAAUGGCUCUUCCAUCAGAGCCAGAGUCCCCAGUAAAAUGUGCAGCCAGUGACAGUGACAAUUGUCUUCCCAAAGAUCCUCCACCCUUGAGUUAUCAGGGAGAAAAUGAGCCAAAAAACUUCUACAGGGGCCUUGGAGCAACACUGAGCUUCAGGAGAAAUGCAUCAAAAUCUGUCAAAGAGAAAUCAACUGAAGAAUCCUGCACCUCCAGAUGGAGCAAGCAUUCUUCAAGGGGGAUCUUCAAACUGAUGGAUGGCAGCAACAACCACCCCAGUAAAGAAAACAAUGGUAUUCCAAAGGAGAGUGAGGCGCUUGCAGGAGAAGACUGCGUUCAGGAAGAACCACUGUCUGUUAUGCAAAUAAAUGAGCUUAUUCAAAAGAGACAGCUUUUGGAGGCCUUCAGAAACAUCAAGAGUUUAGAAAUGGAACUUCUGGCUGAAAGAGAUGCCAAGAAAUAUGAAGACAACCCCAAGGAAUAUGUUGUGAAGGCCAUGGAUGUUGACUUGCUCUACGAUUCUGUUACUAAAGCAAUCCAAAACAUUGUGGAGGAAUCACUGGAUCUUCCCAGUGUACAUGCAAAGGCAUUGGGCUCUCUAGUGGCUUUAAUUAAAGAGGAAGAAGAAGCUCAUGCUGGGGCUGCAAGCAUCACCAUCUCUUCUGAACCUAGGUCCCGACUUGGGUUAGCCAGAAAUUGGAGAGAGCUUUGGAAAGAGACUGUCAAAGAAAGUGUGAGAAGAAGGGUCUUUAAAGUUCCUGUACCGUUAAAGGAGGACAACAUACAUUGGCUUUCUAUACACUUAGGGUAUCUCAAAACUGUCAUAAGACAAGAUUUGUUGACAAUCAAGCAGAGGCUACACAAAUGCUACCCACAGGACUACAGUGCAUGCGAUGCAUACCUGAAGGCUUUCCAUGGAGCCCUCUCUUUGCACUUACAAAGCAUCCUGGAAGAAGAUAGGAGCCUGGAAUUCAAUCAACUCUAUGCAGUACUCGACUGGGUCACUAAUGUAUACCACAGUGAUAAUUUUUUAGGAUGCCCGGAUCUUAAACCAGAAAUAAAAACGGAAGACCUGCCUAAUUUAUUUACUCCGGAUGUUUUGGAUAACCUAAAAAAAGAUUACAUUAACUCCAUCAAGCGGGAAACCAAGAGAUGCUUGGAGAAUAUUCUGAUGCUUGAAAAGUGGGAUUCAGAAAUACAGCCGGAAGCUCUGCAAACCCAAUACGACUCAUCGCUGUCCUUUGAUAUUCAAACGCUCAUUAGCCAACUUAUGAAGGCAUCUGGCAUCAUUUGCAAAAACUUGGAAGCCGAAGUUCUCAAAAUCAGCACAAAAGAAGUGACAGAAUUCCUACCACGCUUUGGGAAAGCAUUUCUGGACAAAGCAAAAGAUCACCCCCAGUUUAUUAUAUUUAUGGUGGCCUAUCUUAACAGCUUCCACGACUUGAGGAUGGGCUUACAAACAACUUUCAAUGUCAACUGUAAAGAACUGGAGAAGACCGUGGAUGAUCUGAUGCUGAGAUACAGGAAAUACUUUUUAAAUAAAUUAAGGCUGGAAACAGAGCCAUUGUUUCAGAAAAUUCUAAGCCGGGCCUGGGUUUUAAGAAGUGGAACUCUUGACUCGUUCACCAUGCAAAUAUUAUCAGUUAUUGAGGAGGUUUCUAAACAUCUAUUGCAUCUGAAGGAGCCCAUAUGCAAGGAUUUUCUCAAUGAAGUUCACAAGUAUGUAGUCAAGGAGUAUGUCACAAAAAUCCUCAAACGAAGACGCAGAAUGAAAAGAAGAAAAAGGGAAGAGGUCAGCAAAAUAAUGUCUCAAGAAGCCACAGCUAUAAACAGUACGAUGCAGCAUCUGGGGUCAACUUUCGACUGGCUCUUUCCUGUCAUUCCAUGCAUUGCUAACAUAAUUGGAGAGAGGGAAAAACACAAAAUCAAAGACUAUAUUAGAGACUUAUCCCAGGAUUAUCCAGACAUCAGAAAGAAACACAUUGAUGCUGUUCUUGCCUUCCAUGGAGGGAGACGAAACAAAACAAAAUCUAUAGUUGACCACGUGGACCAUGUCGACUCAGAAGAGUUAGAAUUUGGAUCCGACAGAACACUCUUUGCUGAAAUUGAACUUCAAAAUACCAUCCAGUGCUUUUAAAAAUCUGGAGAAAUGACAUGUUAAGCUAAGGUUGUUUUCAUGUAUUUAAGAGCAUGACACAUACAAUGAGUGAGACCAUUUAUCCAUCUAACUCUAUCAAUAGCUUUCCAAAUCUUGCUACUUGUGAUUCUUUUAGCAGGGGAUGCCCCAGAUGAACUUCAGAGGACCACACACAUCACAUACUAAAGAUGUGCACUACUUCUAAGCUAUGAGCCCUCUCCAAUUUAAUAACUAUUAUCAUAAUUAUUUCCAUUUAUAGACUGCUUACUCUCUGAAAGACCUCAAAGUGGUUUACAACAGAAUGCACAACGUACAAUGAAAACAAUAUCAAACUAUUACAUUAAAAAACAUGAAUAAUGUCCAUAUACAUAAACACAAUAUAAAAGUCAAAAAGUAUUGUUAUGUGCCUUCAAGUCAAUUAAGACUGAUGGCAACCCUAUGAAUCAGUGACCUCCAAAGCAUCUGUCAUGAACCACCCUGUUCAGAUCUUGUAAGUUCAGGUGUGUGGCUUCCUUUAUGGAAUCAAUCCAUCUCUUGUUUCACCUUCCUCUUUUUCUACUUCCUUCUGUUUUUCCCAGUAUUAUUGUCUUUUCUAGUAAAUCACGUCUUCUCAUUAUGUGUCCAAAGUAUGAUAACCUCAGUUUGAUCAUUGUGAUUGUUCUAGUGAUAGUUCUGGUUUAAUUUGUUCUAACACCCAAUUAGUUGUCUUUUUCGCAGUCCGUGGUAUAUGCAUAGCUGUCCUCCAACACCACAUUUCAAAUGAGUUGAUUUUUCUCUUAUCCACUUUUUUCACUGUCCAACUUUCACAUCCACACAUAGAGAUCAGGAAUAUCAUGGUCUGAAUGAUCCUGACUUUAGUGUUCUUUGCAUUUGAGGACCUUUUCUAGUUCUCUCAUAGCUGCCCUCCCCAGUCCUAGCCUUCUUUGAUUUCUUGACUAUUGUCUCCAUUUUGGUUAAUGACUGUGCCAAGCUAUUGAUAAUCCUUGACAAGUUCAAUGUCCUCAUUGUCAACUUUAAAUUUAUAUAGUCUUUUUACAGAUGUAGUCCUGCUUUUGUGCUUUCUGACUUAUAGCUGGAAACAAAUUUGACCCCUGGACUCUAUUUGGCAUUGCUUCCACAUGCACUGGCAUGUGGGCCCAAGAUGGAAGCCAGACUGGUUUCUCUGCUUUCCAAGUGUGUUCUGAAUGCCUCUUCACCCUGACUCCAAAACAAGCCCCCCACCUCUCUCUCUCUCUGCUUUUUGGUGCGGCCUCCGACUAACACCAUCAUCCCUCUGAAAAUCACUCCCAGCAGAAAAAGGGAACUGCUCUAUACAGAGUCAGGCCCUUGGCCCCAUUUGGCUCACUACUGCCAACACUGGCUGGCAGCUGGGUGCCAGAAUUCCAGACAGGGUUCUUUCCCAACCUUACCUGGGAUUGAACCUUCUACAUCCAAGGAUCGCCAAGUUGGAUUGCCCAGCUAGGGUCUUUAACCCCAGCAGCACUAUUUUAUGUCGAUCCCUCAGAGUCCUGCCUUAAGAAAUGCAUUUCAAAGGGCAUUCACUCUCCUCAUAAGGAUUGUUGUAACAUUGUGGAUUGUUGUAAUGUAGUACACAGGUGACUGUUUUAUGAGUGGAUGGAUAAUAUCUUUGAGGUAGUGAAUGAUGGUAGUCAUUGUAUGGAAUGAGUGGUGGUAUAAGUAUGUGUUAUGUCAGCUGUGGUUUUAUAUUUUACUGCCUUAGUUAGAAGCCUUUGCUCAGCAGCUAACACACUCCCCUUUCACGCUGAUUGGCUCACAGGAUUGCUGGAGACAUAGGGACCCUGCUGGGACCCGGCUACCAAAAAAGUAAGGGCUCUUAGGGGGUCUAAGAUGACUAUACCUGUGGGAAAGGUUAAUGUGAGAUGAUAGAAAUUAUGUGCGUGACAGAUCCUGUUUGAAAGAAACACAUUAGGCCAAAGCUUUCCAGCAUAGCUGAAACAAUUAAAUUUACUUCUCUGCCUGCAGUAAUACAUUCCAGCAAGGACUCUACCAUGAAUUAUGCUGAACACGUAUGUUUGAAACUUGAGCCCUAUUCAUGUGUUAUAUGUAGGGCAUCAGCAUGCUUACUUAGACCAAAGUUGCUUUUGAGCAGCCAAUGUGUGGUUGUUCAAUUAAUGUUGGGGUGUAGCGAAAAGCACAGCCUCACUCCAAACUAAUCAUGGUGAUGCCCUGUGAAUCGGACUAAGAUCACGCUGGUAUUUCAAAGAAAGAAAGAUCUGUGGCAAAACAGCCACCACAGGUCAAACACCACAAAUAACUUUCACAUCACAUUAAUAUUCCUGCUUACACCAUACUUUUCAGAGGAGGAAGUUCAGAAGGUCGUCCACAGAACAGUCCUGCCACGUGAUAACCUUAGCUCACACCAAAUGUACAGUAAACCUGUCAUCAGCACACAGCAUCUUUGGCCUCAAGCAUGGGGGCAGGGGGACUGCGACCCAUCACUUUGGAAUAUAUGUCUGGCUCAAGGAGUUUCCAUUUUAAUUGUCCAGAAUGCACUGAAGUGAUACUACUUUGGGGACAUUGUGUGCAAUUACAAUGGUGGCUUCUGUUUAAAAGGGGGAAGGUGCAUGGCAUUCCCGGCAGGUAAGUCAGAAGGUGGGGGGAGAAUCAGCAGACAGCCCUGUGCCCCAUAUGGCCCCCUCAAACCUGGAGCCAGACUUGAUAAUUAGGAAUGUGUGCAUCAAGCCUAACAAGGGGCUCAAAUGUGAUCCAAUUUGCAUUUAAAGGUGAGCCUACCUAAUCCACAUUUUCCAGAACAAUGCGAGAAAUAAAACACAACCAUCUUUCAAACUUCACACCCUUCAGAAUUUUGCAUUGAAGUUCUCCAGCCAAGGAAUGUGUUUGUUUGUUUUUAAGAAUGCAUAUACUGUGGUGAUGGGUGCAUAAAAUACAUUUAUUAGUGAAAAUAACAUAAAAAUGCUUUGUUUUAAGGAAAAUUGCUUUGCAGAGAUGUGUAUUGUAGGCAAAACUUCAUACAAACUUGGGUGUAUUGGGAUAAAUAAUACUGUAUUAGAAUGAAUU